AUGCCCAAUCUCCUGCCUCCUCUUACAUCCGUUGAGCAGGUGCUCGAAUACAAGUCCAAGCUUACUGCCAUCACCAAGGAUGUCAACUUUCUCAUGUCACUCUACCUUCACCCCUCUGUUACCCCAGAGGUUAUUAAACAGGCUGCUGCUGCCGGUAUCACCGGUGUGACCACCAACUCUGAGAGUGGUGUUUCGGACAUUACAGCUUUCUACAACACCUUUGCCGCCAUGGAGAAGCACGGAAUUGUGUUGAACAUCCACGGCGAGGUUCUCGAGUCUCUUGCACCAGCUGGAACUACCCUGGAAGAGGCUUUCCUCCCUACUCUGAAGCAACUCCACGAACGAUUCCCUGCUCUGCGCAUUGUGCUUGAGCACUGCACCACUGCUGCUGCUGUCGAGGCUGUCAAGGCCUGUGGACCUACUGUUGGUGCUACCAUCACGGCUCACCAUCUUUACCUCACCUCCCACGAGGCUUGCUGCGAUCCCUUCGCCUUCUGCAAGCCCAUCCCCAAGAAGCCUACCGACCGCGAUGCCUUGGUCAAGGCCGUUGUCAGUGACAACACCAAGUUCUUCUUUGGAAGCGACAGCGCCCCUCACCCCCUCCAGUCCAAGACCUCUGCCGAGCAGGGCAAGGCACCUGCUGGUGUCUUCACCCAGCCUUACGUGACGCAGCUCGUCCUUCUCGGCCUCGAGGAGGCCAUUGAGCGGGGCGUCAUCGCCGACGCCGACGUCACCCAGGAGAAGCUCGAGAACUUCUUCAGCCGCAAUGGACGCCGCUUCUACAAGCUCCCCGAGGUUUCGGAGAACAAGAUCAUUCUGGAGAGGAAGGGAGAGAAGAUCCCCACCAGCAUCAAGAGUGCCAAUGGUAAGAACGAGGUUGGCAUCUCCAGGCACGGAGCUGAGGUGUUCAGCCUGACCUGGGCUUGA